AGUGGUAAACGUAACGUAAGGCCACUACUGAGGUUGCGCUGUUGGAAGCCACAAUACUUUCUCAACAUUUCGCUAUGCUACGCCUCAAAGAACAGAAGAAAAACACACUAGCUGUUGUCUACAACCUGCCGAGGCUGGUUCUGUCGGGAUAUCUAGCUCCCGCUCUCCAAGAAAUAAGAAGCGCUAUUUUUUAAGCGUAGUUCUUCUGGCAAGAAUCCCACAAAACGUAAAACGCCGUCGCUGGAAGUAAACGACUCGUCGGAGAAGCUAUCUGUGUGUCUGGAGCAAGGACUAGCACAUACACACGACAAUAUUUAGGCCGCUUUAUUGUCGGUUUACUUUUCGGCUGGUCUUACAUCGUAUUACGGUGUUAUAACAAAGACAGUCUGAGUCGAGCUAGGACCGUGGUUUCCUUCUCCGCUUGGCCAUGCGAGGAGCUCCAAUCUACGUAGAAGAAUGUUUCACCUUCUCCCGGCGUUAGCUCAGCCGCGGCUCCAUGGCCAACAGUAACAACAUGCUCCUGGCCUCUGUCGUGGUGGUGUGGGAAUGGCUGAAUGAACACGGACGGUGGCGGCCCUACAGCCCCGCCGUCUCCCACCAGAUAGAGGCGGCCAUCCGGAGCAGUGACCCCCGCGGAGGGAGCGUUGUACUCGGCCAGGUGGACAGCCGGCUCUCGCCGUACAUCAUAGAUCUCCAGUCCAUGCACCAGUUCAGACAGGACACAGGAACCAUCCGUCCAGUGCGGAGGAGUUUUUAUGACCCAGCCUCAGCCCCAGGUCAGGGCUGGCAGUGGGAGUGGGAAAACGAUGCAGGUACGUGGACGGCCUACGACAUGGAGGUGGCCAUCGCCAUCGAGAACGCCCACAGUCGGCAGCAGCCCUGCCUCGACCUGACACCACUCGGCUUCUGCUACCUCAUCGAUUUUCAGAACAUGACACAGGUGAACAGACAGAGCCAGAGGUGUCGGAGGCUGCAGAGACGUGCUGACAUGGCCUACCCUCUAGUGUCUGGUCCUCUCCCAAUACCAAAGGGAAGCGGUGCAGGAGGAGGCAUAACAGGAGCCCUGCUGGGUGUUGGGGUGUCGGGGGCAAGCUCUUUCUACUCCAAUGGGGGCUUACCAGCUACUGGAUUGGGCCAACCUUGUUCCUGCCAGCAGUGCAUGCUGGUUCUUAGUGUAAAGACCAAUACAGGAGGAGCAGGGGUACAGACUCUAGGUAGACGCUCACUAACCAUGCAGCGGCCCAAGAACUCGGCGCCCAUCGUCUCUAAACCUCUGAGUCCGUCUAAAUCAGCCACUCUGGGGCGAGGACAGCAGCAGAACUCCAACUCCAACUCCAACUACUAUCAGACGCUGCCGCAUGGUCUCGCCAUCUCCAAAAACACCGCCUCUCCAAGAAGGAACGCCCAGCUGUUUGCUCAGUCGCUGGCUGCACUCACCGCUGGGACCUCCACUCUGGGUAUCUCCUCGUCUUCCAACAGGCCGCCUCCGCCAUCCCUCCCGCCUCCUCAGCCUCCAUCAUCCAACCCGAACUUGAUCCCUCCAUCCAUUCUGGCCAAGCACUCCUCAUCUUCAGCCAACGAAUCAGUGCCAACCGCCACAUUAAUUACCCCUGCCAACAGCGUGACCACGCCCCCUUCUCCUGUGCCAUCUCCGUCGCCGAUGGUGAUGAAGCCACAGCGCCCACCAACGUCCGCAGCAACAGUGUGCCAUGCCCCGUUGCCACCGAGAUCAAGCUUAGCUGGGCUGAGCCGACCAGCGUUACAGAGGAUUGCGAUGGCCCAGUCCAGAGCGCUCAUAGCAUCAGGUGUGCCCACCGUCCCAGUGAAGAACCUCAAUGGAUCCAGUCCUGUUCACCCUGCACUGGCCGGGAUCACAGGUAUCCUAAUGAGUGCUGCCGCUCUGCCGGUGUGUCUGACCAGACCUCCAAAACUGGUGCUGCACCCUCCGCCUGUCAGCAAGAGCGACAUCAAACCCGUGCCAGGCUUUGGCCACUGCUGCAGGAAGACCACCAAGAAACAGGCUCGCAAGGGUAAAACUCCAGAGGAGGUGGUAAAGAAGUACCUGCAGAAAGUAAAAAGUCCACCAGAGGAGGACUGUACCAUCUGUAUGGAGCCGUUGGGGGGUCCGUCUGGUUAUAAGGGUCCAGGAGUGGGGCCUGUGUCUCGGGCGGAGUCAGUUGGGCGACUAGCACAGUGUGGACACCAGUACCAUUUCCAGUGUCUGGUGGCCAUGUAUAAUAACGGCAACAAGGACGGCAGUCUUCAGUGUCCCACCUGUAAAACCAUCUACGGCGUAAAGACAGGCAACCAACCGGCAGGGAAGAUGGAGUACCACGUCAUCCCUCACUCUCUACCAGGACAUCCUGACUGCAAAACCAUACGCAUUAUCUACAACGUACCACCAGGCCUUCAGGGACCAGAGCAUCCGAACCCAGGGAAGCCAUUCACUGCCAGAGGCUUUCCCCGACACUGCUACCUCCCAGACAGCGAGAGAGGACGCAAGGUACUGAGACUGCUCCUGGUAGCCUGGGACCGCAGGUUGAUCUUCUCAGUUGGGACUUCGAGCACUACUGGAGAAUCUGACACCGUCAUCUGGAACGAGGUCCACCAUAAGACAGAGUUUGGCUCCAACCUGACAGGCCAUGGCUUCCCCGACCCCGGGCACCUCGACAACGUCCUGGAAGAGCUCCGAGCUCAGGGCAUCAUAGAGGAUGACGGACUGAUGGAAAAGUGAAAGGACAAGCGACCAGGACAGCGGAGAAGGAGGAGGCAUCCGUGUGAGAGCAGCAAGAGUGGAAGGGAGAACAGAGAGCAGAGAAGGAGAGCAUUAAAAGAACAGGAAAAGAGGAGGUCCUGGGCCGAGACACACUCUCUCUGCCAGCACUUAAAAGGGGUGCAGGGCGACAUUUCGGGUUAUAGAAGACAUUGAUUUUGUUUUGCAGAGGGAACCACUUUUCAAGAUGUUGAUUGAGUCACUGCUGGGUUUGCCUGUCAAUACAAGUCAGUCCAAACUUCACCAUUUUCAAGCAAGCACAUCAAUAGCAAUGGGAAAGAGUUUGAGAAAGCUGCAGCACAGAAAGAAAAGCAACGCAGAAAGAGGAGGCACUCGUGGUUUUAGCUUCUAGACAGCUAGGUACUAAAUGUUGACAAGUGAGAAUGACGUGGUACUAAUAUUUAGGACAAAAACAAGUUCACUUUACUGAGAGAGACUAACCAGGAACAGAAAGUACAUUUUAGAGCAGUUCAAUGAAAACUGGGAGAGAAGGGACAAAGAGAGAAAGAAGUUGGAGCGGUGGGGGAGGGGACAGGAGGAGGGAAGGCAGGAAUAAUGGAGCAGAAAGAGACAAAGAUGGUGUACGGAUGUAGCGUAGGAUAGGAGUAGAGUAAAAAUAACUUGUAUGGUACUUAACAGGUACAUUGGCUAUUAUCUAAAACCCAAGGAAACCAAGAGUGAAGACUGUGUUUGCUUUGUUCAAACCACCUGCUUGUCUGUGGUUGGAGUCUAGUGCUGUUGCUCCCUCCUGUGGUGGUACUGAAGAACUACACCUCAGCCUGCGAGCUACUGGAACAAAUCCACACGUUACUAUGAGUUAUCCACCUGUGUUACUUUUGAUCAUUGUUGCUAUAAUCUUCAUUUAACGUCAUUCCAUACUUUACCUCCUUCUUUUGACUUGAUGGGUUUCUAUAUGAUCUCACCUCUGUAUGUUUAUGAAUGUGUGUGUAAUGACAAAAGACCAAACUAAGGCCUAGUCAUUUGGGCCUAUUUGGAGUCUUACUAUUGAGCCACUGUGGUACAAGUUAACCUUAGAUACACAGGUACUAGUAUUUACUGAUAUAUCUUUUUUUUUGUCCCUUUUUGACGGCUCACAUCGUUUCUGUGGAUGUAAAUGCUGUUGUAUCCUGUCGACAGUGUGGCACCAGUGAGAACCGGUGAGGAUGUGAAUACAAACAUGAUGAAGAUGAGCAUUUUGAUGGGUGCAUAGAAGUGCUGAGGAUAGUUUAGUUCUGAUUGAAUGAGCUUCACUGUCAGUGCUUAAACUCCAGAGAAAUGAACCUGUGGCUGUCCCGUUAGAAAGCCCCUCAGAUUGGACAGGGGGGUAUGAGGGUUGGGGAGGAUGGAGAGUUACCCUGACAGGCCUACACAUAGUCAAACUAGUCAAAACAUAGUCAUAGGUCAAACACAUAGUACUACUGAGGAGAAAAAGCCCUCAAUACACAAAUGAAUUUAAAUUGACAACUUGUCAAGGACACUGGGAUUGGUAGUCUCAGUGUGAUGUUGUUAGUAACUAGUACCCACAGUCAGCAUUAAACAACCCACUAAACAGCCAUGUAAAUUACCAUCUUAUGUGUAAUCAAAGAUACUUAAAGUAAUAAAGAGUAUUUCCUCAUUUUUACUUGAGAAGGUGAAUUGCAAGUCCCAAAAACUAGUUUUAGACCAACUACAGGAAACAUAUCACAACAGGACUUGUUCCUGAUUGGCUGGCAUCUUUUAGAAAACAGCUGAAAUCUGUCCAAUAAGGCCAGUUUGCUGCAUCUGAACCAGAAGGCUGGGUUAACCUCAUUCAAGUCAAAUGAGCUGCUAUGUAGGCCAAUCAGUAAUGUGAGUUCUUUCUGUAAGGAUGUUACAAUUCAUGUCAGAAUUUUAAUGAAGUCAAUCAUUAUUAUUGUAGCUGUUUUGCAGCUUUUUAGGACAAAAUAUCAUGAAGAGCAUUAUUUUGCACCUGCACAAGAGGAGCAAUGUGUUCGGAAAAAGCCAACUUGUAAAGGAUACACAAUAUGGGACCUUUAAUUGAUGACUUGUUGACCUCAGUUGGUAUCAGUAGUAUGAUUCUUAUCUCAACAACAUUAAUAACAACUCUCCUCUUACCUCUACCUCUUCACACUGCCCAGUCUUUGAGUUGGGUCUGUAAAUGAAAUGACCCCUUAUCACAGUGUGUGUGUGUGUGUGUGUGUGUGUGUGUGUGUGUGCGUGUGCGUGUGCGUGUGCGUGUGCGUGUGCGUGUGCGUGUGUGUGUGUGUGUGUGUGUGUUUGAGAAAGAGAAUUUAUACACUAUAUGGUAUACUACCAACAUGCUCCGAGUUUACGAUAUUGUUUCAGUACUCCAUGGGAAUCACAUCAUCCUUUAACUCUGAUGAUGAUUGAUGAUGCUACUCCUUUAUUAUUUGUUAUUUUAUUAUGAAAUGUAGUUACACCUUUGUUUUUAAUAGCAUUUCUUUUGACACUAUUAGAGAGUAAACUGCAUAUUUCAUUCUGUAUGUUUAUGUUGUAUUAAUUAUGCCUGUUUUCAUUUGUUACAAUUGGUUUACAAAGGCAGUAUUGUUAAAUACAUUGUCUUUUUUUCAAUGUGUAAAAAAAGUUAAGCUGAUUUGUGUCAUCUUUUCUUUGGAAAAGGAAUUUGAUGGUAGACUUUUAUUUGAGUGUGAAAUGUAAUUCAUUUUAAUAGCAAGUCAAAACCUUAUACACUUGCUCUUCUGUGAAGUAAAUAAUACUUUUAUUUUCUACAUAUCACCUAUCCUGCUACUGUUCUGUGUUGAUGUCCAAAUGAAGAUUGGUGAUGGCACUCUCUGUUCAACAAGGGUUGAAAACACAGUGUGCUACCGUUCCCUGAGGCUUUUUCUUGAACCAAACCGCCAUCUAGUGGGGUCAACAAAUACAACUAAUGGUAAAUCUUCAUCUGGACAUCACUACUGUUCUCACUGAGCCUUCAUCAGCCUACCACAGCUCUCAACAUUUGUGACCUGGGAAGGUUUCGUAGCAGAUGUGUUGAUGGACAUUGUGGUCUUAGUCUUACGCCCGCCCCUCUUUAAGCAGCUGAAUGGAUCAAGUGCAGGUGGCAUGAUGAAAAUUGUUAUUUUAAACAAUGUGAAAUAUAAUAAAAUUACAAUUUCCUCCUGUGUUGUUGCAGUUGUCUUGCUCUGUUGGCCCUAAACACUGCACAAUGACUCGGGAAAACAGAUUUUGUAUGAUGAGUAAAUCACUUGAUUGUUGAUUUGGAUGUUUUUAUUUCAAAAAAAAAAAAAAUAAAUGAACAAGAAAUUGAAAUAAAUGUUUUUAUUACUA